AUGAAAAUAAUAGAUAAAAGUCGAGUCUAAAGGGAUGAUUCAAUCGAAAGUUUAAAGAAGGAAAUAUCCAUUCUAAUGAUAAUAAGCCACAAAAAUAUCGUAAAAUUAAUUGAAGUAUUAGCUUCAAGAACUAAAAUUUAUUUAGUUCUUGAAUUUAUGAAAGGUGGAGAAUUAUGGGAUAUUAUAAAGGAUAAGGGAAAAAUAAAUGAAGAUGAAAUGAGAAAUAUUUUCAGAUAAAUAUUAUUAGCCAUAGAAUAUUGUAAAAGUAAAAAUAUUGCACAUAGAGAUUUAAAACCUGAAAAUAUUUUAAUUGAUGAAUUUGGAACUAUUAAAGUUUCAGAUUUUGGUUUAUCUUCUUUAUAUGAAGAUUCAACUUAAAUAUAAAAUUUAUUACAUACUACGUGUGGAACUAUUAAUUAUUUAGCACCUGAAGUUAUCUAAAAUAUGGGAUAUGAUGGACAUAGGGCUGAUAUAUGGUCUUUAGGCAUUAUUUUAUAUUUUUGUGUUGCAGGAAGAUUACCUUUUGAAGAUGAUAAUGUAUCAAAAUUACUUGAAAAAAUAGUUUCUUCAAAUUAUGAUAUGCCGAAAUCAUUUUCUAAAAAUUUGUAAGAUAUGAUAAAAUUAAUAUUGAAUAAUAAUCCUAAAAAAAGAGUAACAUUAGAAUAGAUAAAAAAUCAUUCGUGGUUUAGAGAAAUCACUGCAUUCGAAUUGAUGACUUUUUUAACAGGAAGUUUUAUAAAUAGAAUAUUUGAUGUUUAGUUCUAAAAGCGUAUUAAUAACUUAAUCCAACUGAAGUUUAUCAUAUUUAUCCAAAUAGAUAAUAUUAUAUUAAAUGCUGGUUUAAAAUGA